GUGGCAGCGGUAGCGGCAGCGGCAGCGUCAACUGCGGGCUCGGGGCCACGACGCCCGCACACAUUUUCAAGCCUCAUUCCAUAAACAACUGUGAACGUGAACGGUAACGUUAUUGUACCACUGUGCGUGCGUUUUCUGCCUCCUUUAUUACACUAGUUCACAUACAUAAUACACAUAUAUACAUAUGUGUGUUGUAUGUGCAUAUAAUUUGUUGUUGUCGUGUAAAUUGUGACGAUAUUUAUUUUUUGUGUGCGAAUCUUUCUUUGUGAACGCGAAUUAUCUAUGCUUAUAUACGGUAUUUAUAUAUGUGAGCGUAUACGUGUGUGUGUGUGUGCGUGCCAUGUGAGGCACUUGCAGUGCAACAAGCAGAGUAACAACGAGCUGUUGUCAUAAUGCCAACAACACCAACAACAACAACAACAACAACAGCGACGACGAAAAAAUGAAAGGCAACAAACGACAAGAAAACUUCAAGCAACUAAAUAAAAUUUAGAUAAAACACAGAAAUCAAAAAAAAAAACGAAAACUAAAACCAAAAGCAAAACUGGCCAAGUCCACAACAACGAUAACAACAACGAUUUAGAGCGCGGUUCUCGAAGCAACAACAACAGCAACAACAACAGCAACAGAAACGCGAGCAACAAACGAAUUCGUAUUUAAUAUUUAUUUGUAUGCUAAUUUAUUUUACAAUAAUUUGGUAUUAACCCAAAAUCCAACACCAACAACAACGACGAAAACCAAUAAAACAACUGUGAAAGAUAAAACCAACAGCAGCAACAACAACAACAACAACAACAACAACAAUCGCUGUGUUGACAACACCAGCAACAACAACAACAACAACAGCAACAACGCAUGCGCAACGACUUUUCUGCGUCUCUUUCUCUUCCACUUUUGAUUGUCAUCUUCUUUCGCCUGGGAUAUAAAACAGCAAAAUCGAUCCCGCAGCUGAGAACUGACAGCGAGCAGGGAAGCAAAAAGGGAAUCGGGAAUCGGGAACUGGGAGUUUGGAGCUGGUUACAGGGCGCACCCACAUCCUGUCCAGGGAGGAGCAAAACUGUUGGCGUUGCAUUUGUUAUUCCUGUUUUCCAAGUCUUUUUUUUUUUUUUGUUGUGUCGUUCGUGACAUUUAUGUCGCCUGCAUUGGGCGAUCACACGGAGCAGUAAAGAGUGAGCCCAAGGAUUGGCGUUGCAGCCACAAGGGAUUGUUCUGCCGCCGCCAUGGCAACGAGAUCAACAACAACAACAACAGCGAGCGGCAUGCUGCUGGCGAUGGCGCUGACGUUAACGUUGACGUUGACUGCGCUGCAGAUGCAGCUGGCAAGCGUUGAGGCGCUGCCCAUCACAUCGCGCCCCAUCGAGGGCAACGCCCAGUUGCUGGCGUGGGAGGAGUGGCAACGCUUGACGCCCGAUCAACGCACCCUCGAAAAGGAGAAGAAGGUGACGGCGAAAUCGAUAUUCACGCUCCCAUUUCGCCACUGUCCGCCCGAUCACAAGCGCUUCGGCGAUCGUUGCAUACCCCAGAUCAACAUCGAUCCCACCGAUCUGAUCAAGCAGGAGCUGCUCAUCGAGUUGAGUCCCGGUGGCAGUGCGCCCAGCGUCAAUCUUGACUAUGACUACAGCGACAGCGAUGGCGAUGGCGACGAGGACAGCGACGAGCUGUUCAUCAAUGUCCCGCUCAUGCAGAAGGGACAAUUGCUGCCGCCGCUGCAACCAAAUGGCGCUGCCGAGGAUCAGGCGUUGCCCAGUGAAGAUGCGCCGCUUAAAUUCAACAUAUUCGAGAACAAGUAUCCCAUGACACUGGACACGGCAGCCAAGAGCACAGCGACGACAGCAACCACAACAUCAGUGACAACAACGGAGACAACAACAGCAGCAACUGCAACAGCAACAGCCACAGCCACAACGACAGCAGCCACUGUGCAACAGACGAGCAAUCGCAUUGCAACCCAGCUGGAUGAUCUGCUGGCUGACUCGAGUGUUGCUCUGCCCAGCACCACGACGUUGAGCAUCAGUCUGCCUCCCAGCAGCAGCAGCAACAUUGAUGAUUUUGGCAGCAUUGAGGCGAUUGUGGUGCCAGCGGGAUUGCCAGUGAAUGAGAAGGCCUCCAUACAGCUGGUGACCAAGGCGGAUGCACCAUCAACAGCAACAGCAACAGCAGCAGCAACAUCGGCAACAUCGUCAACAACAGCCAUGCUCAAUGCGGAUGCCGAUGAGCAACAACAGCAGCAGCAGCAGCAGCAACACAAUGAAAAGGAGCUGCAAAUGAAUGAGGAACGAGUGCAACCGAGUGAGGAUGAUGGCGAGGAGGCCUUGGCGCAGUUGCUGAAGGUCGACACCCUGCUGCCAGCAACAGCUUACGGCAGCAGCGUUGAUCUGUUGCCGCCGUUCAGUCAUCGUCGUGUUGCGCCGCUGCUGAGCGCCGAUUUGGACGAUGCCGAUGAAUCGGCGGCCACGGAUAUGGCACCAACUGCAGAUGCGACGCCCACAACAGCAGCAACAACAUCUGCGACAACAGCAACAGCAACAGCAAAAGGAGUGCUAGAUGCACAGGGCGAAAAUCGAGUUGUGUUGAAAAAAUCGAAAGUGCAACCGGUUCAGCUGAGCUCAACUGUCGCCACCACAACAACAACGACAACAACAACACCAACACCAACAACAGCAACAGCUACAACAAUAGCAACGCCAACAACAAUAGCAGAAUCAUCAUCAGCCACGACAACGACAACAACAGCGGCAGCAGAAGUCGAAGCAACAGCGACAGCAACAGCAACAACAACAUCAGACACAGCAGCAGUGACAACAACAACAACUGUUGCCGCUGCUGCUGCUGCUGCUGAUGAUGAUGAAGGCGAAGUUGCUGCCAUACAUCAAGAUGCCAAUGGCAAUGCGAAAGAUGAUGACCGGUUUUAUUAUCAGCAUUCAGACAGCACGACGAGCAGCUCAACAGCAACAGCAACAGCAACGAGCAGCAGCAGCAGCAGCAGCAACACUGUCGCUGAUGCUGUCGACUUGGAUGAACUGAACUAUAUGGCAGCCAGUGACAAUUUAAUGACAAAUACAAUUGGUGGGCAGGGCGACAGUGAGAAGGCGGCUGGCGAAAUGAAUUUCGAACAAGAAUUGAGCAUUAUAAAUGAGCUGGUUAAGGGCAAAUGGCGAUUAUCGCAGCUGCGACAACAGCAGCAACAGCAACAGCAACAGUUGUUAAACAGCAGCAGCAGCCGCAGCAGCACAACUACAGCAGCAACAACAACGAGUGUGGAAAGCACAGAAGUAACGAGCAGCACACCAGCAGCAACUACAGCAACAGCAGCAACAGAAAACACGACAUUUUGGUCAAAGUUAAUGCCAAUGCUGAGCCAGAGCUCAACGGAGGCAACAACAGCAGCAACAACCGAUGAGACAGCACAGACAAUACCAGCAACAGCAACGGCAACAGCAACAACAACUGCACAAAGCAGUGUUGCAGACACUUCAAUAGCAACAGCAACAACAGCGGCAACAACAACAGCAGCAACAACAACAACAGCAGCAGCAGCAACCACAUCACAUUUAAGUAUUAAUACAAAUCGUAGCAAUAGAAAUAGUAAAAUAAUUCGUAUAGAUAGCAUAGUCGAAAGCAGUACAACAACCACAACAACAACAACAACAACCACACCGACACCAACAGCAACACCAGCAACACCAACAGUAAGCGGCAACAGCAGCAAUACUGCAGCUUAUACACCAUUCUGGUGGCUGCCGAAUUUUGGCGUUCGUCUCGAUCGUCAGGUGGAUGAGAACGGCGAGGAUCGUUCGUUGUUGUUGCGCUUCUUUCGACCAUUUCGUGCUGGCAACACAGCAGAAGAUGCAACAAGAAUAACGACUUUGCCGUCGCGUCGCUAGAUGUGUUGCAGAUGCAGAUGCAGAUGCAGGUGUGACAGCAAAUAAGCUUUAUGCAUUUCUAGGGCAAUCUCUUAGCUGCUCUCGCCCAUGUCGAGAGUCGCUGGAGUUGAUCAGGCACAGUGGGCACCAAGGCACAGUGGGCAGUGGUCAGUGGUCAGUGUCGUUGACGUGUCGUGUCAUGUCGUGUCGUGUUGCCAUCUCGAAUGCCGUUAAUAAUGCCGGCGGCAACAACGUUUCAAUUUCAAUGUUGAAGUUUGUUUUAAUCAGUUGCAAAUGGCGUCUAUAAAAUGUUUCAACCCACCUCCAACGUCUCCCCCCUUUAAAACUCUCCCCCACACAAUUAAAUCAUAAUUAUUUAAUUAUAAUUUUAAACAUUCUCUCUGUGUAAUACUUUAUGUAAAUAUGUUUCUAUAUUUUUUUUUUUUUGCUCUGUCAACUCAAUUCCGUUUCAACAAUUAUUAUUAUUAUUAUUAUUAUUAUAAUUACAAAUAUAUAAAUAUAUAUGUAUUUUUUUUUGCGUCGUCGUGUUAUUCAGAUUGCUGCAUCUUUUAAGUUGUUGAUUUAAUUUUAAUAGUUUUUUUUUGUCAUGUGCGCUUUUUACGAGUACAAUAGUUUUAUAUGAUUGUGCUCAAGUGGGGCAUCGCCAACAACAACUGCUGGUUGCUGGCUGCUGUUGCUGUCGCUGUUGCUAUUGCCGCUGUUGCAUACCUUAGCAAUAUUUAAUUGUGAUUAUCUAAAGUUAUAACUAGUUUUUAGUCCCUCUCUCUCUCCACACAACCACGCACAAUUAUUAUGAUAUGAAUCUAUUUGCAAAUUGUGUUUACUUUCCCUUCCUCCCCUUUCCAAACAAACAAAAUAUUCUGUACACAUAAAUAUUUACUUUUUUUUUAAUGUAAAUCAUCAUUGUAGUUGUCUCUGUGUAAAUAUAUAUAUCAAAAAGAAAUAUCAAGGUGAAAAGGCCAUUUGUUGAUGAUCUUUUAAACGAAAGAAGAGCGAAAGAAGAAGAAGAGUCGCGCUGCUGCUCAAGAAACAUUUUCAAAGAUAUACGAGUAUAAAUAAUAAACAACACUAUUAUUAAGCGUAAUAUUUAUGCUAAACACACACACAUACAUAUACACACUUAUAUAUAUUAUUGUAAACUAAAUGUAAUGCAUGUAAAUAGUUGUAAACCUAAAUUUUUUUUGUUGGUGUCUUAAACAAACGAGAAACAAAAAUAUUUAAAAACAAAAACAAACAAACAAAAAAAAAAACGUAAAAAAUACAAUCGAAAAUAUGAAAAUAUACAAAACGAAAAACAAA